AUGUCAGUUCGCUCUCGAAGCUCUACUUCCUCUGCAGCCGAGUCUGAGAAAAAGCAGACCGUCUUUUCUGAAAACGAGAAGAGCGUCGGCUAUGACACCUCGUCCGUUUCUGACUACGACAGCGUCUAUGGCGAGAAGUACUAUUUCUGGUCUCGAACCAAGGCUUCUAAUGCUCAACUUGACGAAGUGGCCACUCAACCUUCUGUGUUUGACGACCCCGACAAAUGCCACCAUUUCCGCCCAAUUGAUACCUAUGAGAAUCUUCAUCGCUUCGAUCCAAAAUUCCGCUGGACUUGGCGCGAAGAGCGUCAAGUAGUUCGGAAGGUCGACCUGCGGAUCAUGACCUGGGUGGCCCUCAUGUUUAUGGCUUUACAGUUGGAUCGCGCAAACAUCUCACAAGCUGUUGCCGAUAACAUGCUCACCGAUCUGGGAUUUACUACAAAUGUGUUCAACAACGGAAAUACCAUCUUCAAAGUGUUCUUUUUGAUCUGUGAGGUUCCGUCUCAGCUGGUGAGCAAGAAGCUAGGUCCCGAUGUGUGGAUCCCCAUUCAGAUGAUCUCAUGGAGUCUAGUGGCGCUAUCUCAGUUCUGGCUGAAGGACGAAGCGGGAUUUUACAUUACGCGAGCUUUGAUUGGUGCAUGGGAGGGAGGCUUUAUUGCCGACAUCUGCCUCUAUCUCUCUUAUUUCUAUACCAGCAUCGAACUACCAGUUCGUCUAGCGUACUUCUGGGCUGCGUUGACUACUGCGGAAAUCAUCGCCGCGUUUAUGGCUUUUGGUAUCCUUCGCAUGCGCGGAGUUCUCGGCUAUGAGGGAUGGAGAUGGCUGUUCCUGAUUGAGGGUUGCAUCACUGCCGUUGUCGGACUGGUUUCUUUUCUUCUUAUGCCUCCUUCACCGACCGCUUCUGCCUCCUGGUUCAGAGGUAAGAACGGAUGGUUUACACCUAAAGAAGAAACGAUCAUAGUCAAUCGGGUGUUGCGGGACGAUCCUAACAAAGGCGGAAUGCACAAUCGACAAGCGCUCGAUUGGAAGAUGCUCGGAAAGUCACUGGCAGAUGUUGAUCUGUGGCCGAUCUAUGUAAUCGGUCUGUUGUUUGGGCUCAGCUCAGCAUCCGUUGACACCUACUUGACGCUCACUUUGAGAUCGCUUGGUUUCACGACGCUUCAGACGACUCUUCUCACACUUCCCAAGCAGUUCUUGACUUUGUUCACGCUCCUAGCUAUCACAUAUGUCUCUCAACGCUUCAAUCAGCGAAGUCUUCUCGGUGUCUUUGCUCAGGCAUGGGUUCUUAUACUGCUCAUCCCUUUGAGAGUAUUUGAUGCAAACACUAACCGGUGGUCAAAAUACGCAGUAACGAGUAUUCUCAUUGGCCAUCCUUCCACACACGCUAUUCAAGUUGCGUGGACCUCACGAAACUCGAACUCAGUUCGCACGAGAACCUUAUCGGCAGCGUUAUAUAACAUGUUUUGUCAGUUGAGUGGCAUUAUAUCAUCUUAUAUCUAUCGAGCUGAUGAUAGCCCAUUAUAUAAGCGUGGAAAUACUGCUUUGAUCGGAAUAGCAUGUAUGAACAUUGUCGUAUAUAUUCUGGUCAAAUUCUACUAUAUUUUCAGAAAUCGGCAGCGUGAGAAGGUUUGGAAUCUGAAGACGCCGGAGGAGAAAGAGCAGUACACCCUGACGACGAAAGAUGAAGGCAGCCGGAGACUUGAUUUUAGAUUUGCUCACUAG